UCAGUCAUGCUUUGAACGCUGUUCUCGUACAGACUUGUUUUUCCUCGCGCAACUGACCGGUGUUUUUCAAAAUAUAAUAAUAUAUGAUAUUGAUAUCUUCACUAAAUACUAUUUUUAAUAUACAAUUUAAUUUUGUACCUACRAUGAUUAUAUAGAUUUCACAAACCAAAUAUAUAUAAGACACAGUACAUUUUAAAUUUAAAUCAAAAUUUACAACAGUUCGGAUGUCAUAAGUAUAAGUAUAGUGGAAUGAUAAAUUAAUAAUUAUAGUUCUUAAAUGCCAUUAUUCAAAUGUUCUGUUAUAUUGUGAAGUAUCUGCAGAAUGUCGUCGAAAUGAUGGCGUUGGCCUUUUCGUUGGCUACUCGUACAAACCGCGGUGGACUACGUACGUCCGUGCACUUUAGCUUGGUGCUGUUGGUAGUGUGUCAAAGUCUGUGCGGGACAUCGAGCACGGCGUCUGCCACCCGCCAUUGGAGUUUGGCYGAAUUGUCGGUGACGUCUAGCGAGCUGCCCAAACAGAUACCGGCGCCGCCUUAUCCUGUACAGCAAAGGAUCCAAUCGACUCCGCACUAUGACCAACAGCUUAAAUUGCCAUCGGGAAACGGUGUAGGUUCGCGGAACCAUUACUAUCCGUGGACCCGMCCGACGGUGUCGAUUAUCUGAGCCGAUUGAUGUUAUUAUUACCCAUAAUUAUUAUUGCUUUGUCAACAAUUUCAUCGCUACAUUAUCAGAUCACCAUUUCGUGAAUAGGAACCGGAACUGAACCGAAAUGAGCCGGUUCCUUAAAGAUUUAUUCGUCAUAUCAAGGGAGGUUCUUGAACAGCUACAAGUGAGGAGGCGAAAAUAUUUUGCACAUACUUAAUAUUUACAUGCAUAUCCCAUUUAUUUUUUCCUAUUGCUAUCAUAUUUUUACACAGCCCAAAAGAUGGGGCGCCACCUAUCGCCCUUCUCCCCCUCGUAAGACCACCACUGCAUCAUUUAAUAUGGAUCCAAUACAGGUUGAACCUUCACUUUAACAAAAUCCACAACACUGUUGAGCCCUAAGUAGGUCCAUUUCCUUUAACUGUAAAUGAUCAGAAUUUUUAUCAUGCCAGUUUUAAAAGCAAAAGAAGCGAGAAUGACUAAUCCAAAAUCGGRACAGAUCUGCAAAUCAAAUUAUAUAAAAGGUUCCAGUUCCUGAAUCACUUAUUAACUAAAGCCAGUAUAACAAUAUUAAGCCAAUAAUUAUAUUGUUUUACCUAUUUGGGAUUUUUAACUGUUAUUAAUGAUAAAUAUUAAAUUAUAAAAUAUUGUAAAAGAAAAAUACAUAUGUAAUACAUGUUGCGGUGACCAAAGUUACCUGGCUAAACUACAUGUACCUAUAUUAUGUUACCUUCACGUUAUCUAUUAUUUUUUUAAGUAGGUGCCUACAC